AUGCAGGCCAGAGGCGUUACCAAGUGUAGCGGCCAGCACCUCAUCUAUAUCGAGAAUGAAGGUCCUCAUGAAGUCAAGUGCCGCAAGGGCCAGAACAUGAACGUGGUGGAUGCUUACGGUAUCUGCAUGGAAGAUUUCCUUGCAAACAAUUUGAAGGCGACAAAAUCACAACGCAAGGAUGAGUUGUUGUAUGCCUUCGAUUAUUACUGCCCACAAUUCUUCGAUGUUGGAGACUCCUGUGUUCUCGCCGUGAACAAAACAGAAGCUGAACCUGACCGUUUCCGCGUAGGUCAAUACCUGAACUGCAAGGAUGGUGUUGUCUUCGUUGGCCUUUACCACUGUUGUGACAAGGAGAAAACCGCAGUUGCUGAUGGCGAAGAAGUUACGCUCUACGAAACUAAGGUUGGUAUGUUAACUCCUAGGUGCCCUGCCGGUAAGAAGAUCACUAUUUUGAACUCCGGUCAGCGUGGAAAUGUUAUUUGCGACAAGGGUCACGUGACAUCAACCUUCUCUAAGACUUCUGAAGUAUGCAACGGGAAGGAAAUGUGCAAUAUUGCAUUCACUGGUUCGCAACCUUCGAAUUGCAAUGGCCUCACAGCGACACACUUUGUGAAAUACACAUGCUUGUGA